AGCCCAUCGCAUUCCACGUCCUUCCAUUUUAUCUUAUUUAUACACCUUCUCCUUAACUUUUGUGACCAAUUCAUCAUCAUCAUCAUCAUCAUCUUUGAAACCUUGCAAAGUUUUUAUCAUUCCUUAAUAAUCAUGUCAUCCAUAGAUGCCUCAACUACCCGGGACUCCGGCAAGACGGCUCCGGAGUCUGGUCAUCAUCCUCCACCACCUCUAGUUAAUUUUUUCGGGGUUGAUUUUGUCCUACGGUUCUUCCUUUUUGCCUCGACUAUUUCCGCCCUUAUUGUUAUGGUCACAAGUAAGCAAACCAAGCUUAUUCCGACCUCGCUCUCUCCUCCGUUCCCUGCUUAUGUCUCUCGUGCUGCUAAGUUCGAUCACUCUCCCGCUUUCAUAUAUAUGGUGGUAGCUCUCGCGGUAACUUGCUUUUAUAGCAUUAUUACUAUGUUCACUUCGGCUUUUGUUAUCUCCAAUCCUUUCCCUUCAACAAAGAUGUUGUUCAAUAUGAUUCUCUUCGAUGCCUUGAUGGCCGGAAUUAUGGCUUCGGCGACUGGAGCAACCGGUGGUGUUGCAUAUAUUGGAUUGAAAGGAAACUCUCAUGUGAAUUGGAACAAGAUAUGCAAUUUUUAUGAUAAAUUUUGCCGUCAUAUUGGAGCUAGUGCACUUGUGUCUCUUAUUGCAUCAAUUAUUCUAGUCAUUCUUGUUAUAAUUUCUUCAUACUCUCUUUAUCGUCGAAGCCGAUGAUUUGAACAUUAAUUAUCUACUGCUGGUUUUUUAAAUUAUCAAUGUAAAUUGUGUGUGUAAAAAUAUGAAAAAAAAAAAACAAUAUGUUAUGUUA